AUGGCACCUCAAACGCGCAAGAGAAACUACAACCAGAAUGCAACGAAAAAUACAUCUAUGGAGAAACCGACACCGGAAGAAAAGCGCAAGCUGCCUGUAAGAGCCAAAGACGGUGACUCCAGUGACGGUGCAAUGCCAACUUUAACGGAAUUAAAGGGCACCAAGGUGAUCUUUGGAGACGACGACAAUGACAACCCGGCGCCUCCCCCUGUGUUGGUCCCAAAACCUGCUGCGCAGGUAGAGGAAGAUGAGGAUGGUAGUGACGAUGAAGCGCCUGAGGCCGUAUCAACUUCUAAAAUGGCGUCUGAUAUCAAGAAAUCCAACCAAGCAGCUCAGAAAGCAGCACAGGAGGAAGCUGCUGCACAGAAGCGCAAGCGUCGGGAAAGGGAUGGUUUUUUCAAGCAACAAGCUGAAGAGCGCAAAAAGUUGGAGGAGCAAGAGAAGGCCGGGACAAAUGAAGAAGCGUCCGUUGAAGAGGGGCCGGCGCAGUCGCUCAUACAACGAAGCAAAGCAGAGAACGCGGUGAACCUGUUACCCGCCGAGUUUUUGGCAGAUUCCAGCGAGGAUGAGGCUGAUGAGAUUAACGAUCAACCAGAGGAACGUCCAAGGAAACGCCGUGUUGCCACUGUCGAAAGAAGCCUGGCCCGCCAGGAAAGGGGACCUAGGGAUGAGCGGGUAGGGUCAACUGUCUACCGCGUUGCUAAAAAGACGGAUGAGAGGAUGGCACCUAAGUUGAAGAAGCAUGCAAAGAGCUCUAAAGAUAUUCUCUUGAAGAGAAACAGAAGUGUCACGAAGCAACGGCCUGGUUUCUUCGUCCGGUAG